GUACACUUGUCAAUUUGUCAUCGUCGUCUGGGCCGCACAAAUCUCCGCCGCGACUUCACCUUUCUUCUUCCAUGCUCUUCAACCGCCAUUCCAGCAAAUUUCUCGCUCUCCCCAGGGGCUCUGUUGUUUGGGAUUUCAAUCGGCUGCGCUUUUGUGAGCUGUGACGCACGGCGGCGAAUGAUGGCGCGGUCUGGGUGCAUUCGUGGAAGCAAAUGAGAUUCGAGAAGAACGUGGGAGAGAGAGAGGGGUAAAACAGCAAGCAAGCAAAGGAGGAGGGUUAGGAGUGGAAAGUAAUGAGAACGUUGUGUGAUGCUUGCGAGAGCGCCGCCGCCAUACUCUUCUGCGCCGCCGACGAGGCUGCCCUUUGCCGUGCUUGCGAUGAAAAAGUCCAUAUGUGUAACAAGCUUGCCAGUAGACAUGUACGAGUUGGGAUUGCUGAUCCCAGCAAAGUCUCACGAUGUGAUAUUUGCGAAAAUGCACCCGCAUUCUUUUACUGUGAGAUAGAUGGGAGUUCACUGUGUCUCCAAUGCGAUAUGAUUGUUCAUGUGGGUGGAAAAAGAACACACGGAAGAUAUCUUCUUGUGAGGCAGAGAAUUGAGUUUCCUGGGGAUAAACCUGGCCAAUUAGAUGAGCCAGAUCUGCAACCUACUGAAAAAACCAAACCCAAGUGGGAGCCAAAUUACCCAUCAAAGAUCAUGACGAAUGAUAACACACCAACUAGCAGAGAACUGCCUGUCACUUUUCUUGACAAAAAUGCUGACGACGGUAGAAAAACAGAGAACAAAUUGAUUGAUCUCAAUGCUAGGCCUAAUAGAAUCCAUGGUCAAGCUUCUACGCACCAGGGACCCAGAAUUGACGAGCAUAUUGAUAACAAUCAUGAGUUAGAAGGUGCAAUCCCUAUUGGAUCCUUUAAAAGAGAGACGUAAAUGGGAUUCGUUCAUGCUCUCAUCGCCCUGGGAAGGAAAGCUGGCGGAUUAAUUGAAGCGUUAUACUAUGCUCUGCUACAUUUGGAUUUGAAAAUGUACCAUAGUAUUCGGGUUGUGGCAAUCGUUUGAUUCCCGAAAAUAAUUGGCGAAUAGGUAGUAUAUUAUGGUGGAUCCAAAGUUAUUAUAUUAACAGGAACACGUAGAAUAGCUUCGCAAGCUCAAGGGAAAACCCAAUCUUUAAAGACUCUUUGAUCUGAUUCUUUAAUACCGAAGUUGGAAAUGGU